CGACUACUGCACCUGUUACAACGACUACUACACCUGGUACAAUGACUACUGCACCUGGUACACCGACUACUACACCUGGUACACCCACUACUGCACCUGGUACACCGACUACUACACCUGGUACAAUGACUACUGCACCUGGUACACCCACUACUGCACCUGGUACACCGACUACUACACCUGGUACAAUGACUACUGCACCUGGUACACCGACUACUACACCUGUUGCACCGACUACUGCACCUGGUACAAUGACUACUGCACCUGGUACACCCACUACUGCACCUGGUACACCGACUACUACACCUGGUACAACGACUACUGCACCUGGUACAACGACUACUGCACCUGGUACACCGACUACUACACUUGUUACAACGACUAUUGCACCUGGUACACCGACUACUACACCUGUUACAACGACUAUUGCACCUGGUACACCGACUACUACACCUGUUACAACGACUACUACACCUGUUACAACGACUACUACACCUGUUACAACGACUACUACACCUGUUACAACGACUACUACACCUGGUACAACGACUACUACACCUGUUACAACGACUACUACACCUGUUACAACGACUACUACACCUGUUACAACGACUACUACACCUGUUACAACGACUACUACACCUGUUACAACGACUACUACACCUGUUACAACGACUACUACACCUGUUACAACGACUACUACACCUGUUACAACGAGUGCUGA